AUGGCGGGGUGGUGCAUGCUCCUGUUGACGCUGGGCGUGGUCUGCGCGAGUGUUUCGGCCAGUCCUCCACCCAUCAUCGCGACCGAUGACGAAGGCAACUUGUACAUUAACACCUCUGGCUCGCAGGCGCGUGUUCUUCUCGAUGGGCGUGAUAUUCUUCAGGAGAUAGCGUCAUUAAAGGAGAAGCUCGAAAUGUUAGUGGGCACAACAGCGCUGACGAUGACAACGACCAUUCCGCAAUACGUGUAUACCGGGAAUGUGGGUUGCGAUCUGAGCGUCCUGCCACGGAAUACAACCAGCAUUGACGGAGACGUCUCCCUUUACAGCUGUUCCGGGCUCGUCACGGCCAAUCUCUCCGUCUUUGAAAAUGUUGCCACCAUCACUGGCAAUCUCCUGAUUCGCGAUAACGAGGACCUAGCCAGCAUCAGCGGCCUAGCCAACCUGCGGCACAUUGGCACGCAUUUGCAGAUCCAAACUCACCCGGAGCUGGAAUCUCUAACGGGGUUGGAAGGCCUGACAGUCAUCAAUGGGAAUCUAAAGAUUCAGUACAACUCGGAGCUGGAGAAUUUGGACGCCCUCUCCGGCCUCACGGCAGUGACGGGCAGCAUCCUGAUUUGCCGCAAUGAGGAUCUCGACGUCAACGCCAUUACAACACAGUUUAGCCCCCUGAGCUCUUCGACCUGUGUCAACAACCAGCAAUGCUACUGUUAG